AGAAUGCCCUUGUCUGAGCGCUGAGAGCCGGGAGAGACGGAGAGAAAGAGGAGUGAAGCCGGAGUGGAGACACCAGCAGGUGCUGAGAAGAGAAAAAGAAUAGGUUGAGGAGACAAAAAGGGACCAAAAACUGAAAUAUAAUCAGGGAAAAGUGUGUUAAAAGAUAAAGGAAAUAAUCAGACAAGAGCUGAAAAACAGUACUUCAAUUUUCCCUAAGCUGGAGCGCACUUCUCUUCUCUCUCAGCCUCCUUUUCUCAGUCGGAUUCUCCUCCCUUGGAUCAUUCCUUCCUUCUCUUUUUCCCCGUCCUGUUCUCCUCUUUGACAGACAGAGUCACCAUGGAAACCGGUAGCCCCAGGAAGAUACAGUUCACCGUCCCCUUGCUGGACACCCACCUGGACCCUGAGGCAGCUGAACAGGUGAGGGGGAGGGACAGGAUGUGUUUUGGGUGAAUUUAGACUUUUAAAGCCUAAUGUAUGCAUCAUUAGGAAAACAUUGAAAAGUAAAUCACAGUGGAUUAUCGUCACUUUUAAAAGAAAACUUAAAAAAAGGUAUCUAGUUAUGGAAAAUUUGCAAACGUAGCAGGGCAGCAAAAUUGAAAUAAAAGGCGCAGUCACCGUCCUGAGUCCAAAAUUUCUGAAUCCCAGUCUGGCUACCUUUAAAGAAAGCCCAUUUUUUAGACCUAUUACUCCCCUGCACCCAAUUAGCAAGCUGUGUCUCUUUGACGGAACGAUAAAGUGAUCGUGAUUAAUUUAAGAUUGAUUUUUCCACCUCCUCUCUCAGCGCAGCAGCUUCUCAGAGCCUCAGCAGUGUUGUAAAGGGGUGUUGCAGUAUGAAGACGAGUCCCCAGAGAUUUGCUGUUGUUAAGAUUUGAGUGACUAUCUGCAGAAUCUGUUCAGCGGGGAAUAUUGACGAAAGUGUAAAGUGCUGUCAGCAAUAUCAUUAUAUACCGUAUGAUUGGAAAAGGAUGUCAUGGUUUUAUUUAAAGCCUCUUAUCACUAGAAAUACUUUGGAGAGGAAAUAGCCUUGGAGUAAGUGUUAAAAGCUCUCAACCAUUUACUCUGUAAAAAAAGAUGGAGGACAUGACAGCUCCUCAAAAGUGAGGCCAAUUUAUUUAAAGCUCCCCUUCAACCUGACAUGGGUCAAACUUUAAAAUCAAAACAAAACACAAACAAACUUCUCUCAUAUGUGUUUUUUGUCAUUUCUAAUGUUUCUCAUUACGCUGAUUCAUAUCCAAACAUUUAUUUUCCUGAGUGCACUGUAGUCACAAGGGAUGUGCACAUUUAGUCAACCAUCAGAAUUAGCAUUUGCUUCAAUUAAUAACUCAUAUUUCUAGUAGAGCAGGCCUGUAAUGCCUCUGUCUAAGCUGGAACACAGCCACCCUGUAGCUUCAGUUUAGAGCUAGUGCCAUAAUGCUACACCGACCAAGUGUGGACAAGCGCAGAUAGCCUCCCGUAGCUAGAUGGCGGUAUUUUGAUCCAAAAAUAUUGAGAUGAAGUUGUGAAACUACACUGGAUGUUACAGUAACUAGGGGGACCAUAUUCUGAAUCCCCAAAAAGAGGACACUACUAUGCGGGGUGCAGAUGGAGGCAAAAUUUUAAGGGUUUUCCAAGUCGAGUGGUUUUUAUGCGCUUCUAACUUAGUCAGUCCAAACUACACAAACUCAAAACUUCCAUACAAAACCCGGGACAUUUAAAGGAUUUCAUAAACUCCCCCAGACAAGACUCGACAGCCCCCAAAAAAGUGGGCAUGUCCAGGUAAAAGAGGAAGUAUGGUCACCCUCUGUUAACUAACUGGUGGUGCUAGCUCUGCUAGUGUUAGCCACGCUCUGCAAAACACUUUGACAUUGUUCAGUCAUGUUGGUGUUUUUUCACCUUUAGAUUUGUUGGAUGGUCUGAGUUUAAAUUACUUUUGAAAUGGUUGUUUUGAAACAUCCCCAGCAUCCACCAGAUUACCAGGAGAGAAAAUUGAAGUCUAACACAGUGGUCAUUGAAAUCUCCAUUUCUGUCUUUAUCAAACUGACUAGAGAAGCUGUAGGUGUCUGUCAGAAGAGGAAGGACACAGCUCAGAAAGUCUAUCCCUAUUUCAAAGACUCUGGCUCCAAUAUGCAACAUUUCAGCACCUGCUGCAGGGGUUAUUUUGGUUUCACUUUUGUACAACAGAAGGAGCUGGGAACAUGUUGUCCAUCUUACACUAAACAUUUGAUGAUCACAAUUUUGCUUAAAGAAACAAGAGCGAUAAAAAAACACCAGUGGGUGCUUUCAAGUGUCUCUCGAGUAUGGAGGGAGAAGAUGUCUCAUUUUCUCAUUUUUAUGAAUAUGACAUUAACAGGACCUGUCAUUCAUAACUCAUAAAUCAGAUUUAUGAGUCUGACUGAACCUCCGUAUGUCUCUAUGUCUGCUAUUCUCUCUUCUCUUCAUUUCGACUGUGGGACUCUAAAGGAAAAGAGGAUCUCAGGUGUCUCCUUUGUGAGGAGGUGUUGAAUUUUUUACUUUUUUUUUACGUUAGUCCUUGCAAGGACAUUUUAUUACGGGCUGAGUCUGAGCUACUGGCAUGAUCAGAUAUAAUAACUUUGUAAGGCUCAGGGAUGUGAGGGGCUGAAUGUUAUUUGCAGAUGAGAAUGAAGUUGUGACCUUCGGUGCAUUUCUGACCAUACCUUGAGUCUUUUAGUGGCACUUUCUCCCUCUAUUUCACUCUGUGUCAGAAGGAAAUUAUUCUUUUUAUUAAAGUAGGAUUCAUUUUCACUUGCAAACUUUAUAAAUUAUGAGUUUUUACAUGUGCAGUAUGAGCGCUUCAGAACUAAUUGACAGAUAAGCAGAUUACUUGAUAGACAAUAGCCUCAUAAUCCUUUUUGUAAUUUCAAUUCCAAAGGGAUGAUUUGCUCUUUAUUCUUUUAAUUAAUGAAUCACAUAUUCAUUAGAGACACGUAUCUGUGACACUGUUCUUACCUACUGUCAUUAUGACAUCAUUUCUGCCUUAUUUUAGUUUUUUUUACAAAUACCAACAACUUUUUGGUGUUUCUCGAAAAUGAAAUUUUAGAAAGACAGCACCUAUACUGUAAUCGAGGUUGUACCAAUACGAAAUUGAUAUUGGUCCGAUAUUAACCAAAUAAUCAAAUAUCAGAUUAUAUCAGCCUGCAUCUAAAAUCUCAGAUAUCAGCACUCUGAUACAAGCAGUCCAUCCCAGACUCUAAUUCGGCACCUCUGGCUAUCAGCACCCGGAUCCAGCAAGCUGAGCCCACGUGAUCACAACAACAGUGUGUACUAAAGUACUAACAAAGUAUUGCAGCUGAGUGAAAACCUUGUCAUGCACAAGUUUGUGCUAAUAUCGGUAUCGGCCGAUACUGAAGGCUACAAUAUCGGUAUCAUAUCGGCAGUAAAAAAGUUGUAUCAGGACACCCCUGAUUGUAAUACUGCACUUAUUACACAGGGUAAAAUUCCUAUUCUCCUAUAGUAAGUUAAAGCUCUCCAAAUAAAGAGAGGAGUUGUGGGAAUUGUCCCUUUUUAUAUAUUUUUGAUUCAUAUUAUCCAGUAAGACAGACAGGCAUGGUUUAAUAAAGCAAAUACAGUUUUUAUGCAUAAAUGUUAUAUAUUUUUUUCUUGAACGGCUCAGAGUGCUCAUGUUUAAAACUGUGUAAGUUCAGUAAAUGCACAUAAUUCAGAUGUCAAUGAAUGAGAGCUUGUGUUAAUUAAGUGUGAUCUCAAUAUCAAUGAUUGAGCAGCCCUAGCCGAUCAGUAUAAAUGUUCAUCCUGAAGUUGGAGAAAAUUACUUGUGAAAUCUCCUCCUGUCCUCAUAAAUUUUCCAGCAUUACUUUUAAUGUUUGAGGAACAUCAGAGCCUUCAGUUUAAUAGUGAAGACAAAUAUCUUCAUAGUGAUAUAAAGUCAUAAAAAAUAAAGAAAAGAGGAUACAGCCUGUCGUCAUUGGACCAAUUUUAUCACCUCUCCUUGUCUUACGGCAGAGGAAGCACCUAAAAACGCAUUUCUUGAGUCAUGGCUCUGGUCUAUUAAGAGUCCAAGAAAAAACAAUUAUAUAUCGGCCAUUGUUAUUCUUCUUCCCAACUUAUAAAAAAAUACAAAAUUGAUUGCUGUUGAAAAGUAGUUGAAAAGAUAAUGAUCAUGUGUGACGUCAGUUUGAUUUAAUCUUUAUGUAUUGGUCAAAUUACUUACCCAAUGCUGUCAUAACCUCAGCUUUUUAAAGUAGGUACACUGAACUGUAGCUGCAGAAAAAUACACUUGAGUACUUUUUUUUAUUAAGUAUUUACAGAAGAAACCCUUAAGUGGUGUGUACAAAAUGUGGAUGAUGAAGAACUGUAUUGACUGUGCUAACGUGUACAAAAUUCAACACUCCGCAUUGAGGAGCUGCAACAAUAACUGUUGUGUAACUGUCUGCAAUGACGCAAAUUAUGACAUCAAAUAACCAUUAACAACCGCAGUUUAAUGCUCACUACUGAGUAAACUGUGGAGUGCUCAGUAAAUUAUACAGGGAGGAGUGAAUGAGGGAGCAAUUUGAACAGCAGACUCUUCACCUCCUUUCUCCUCCUUAAUCAGAGCUGCUGAUGCAAACCCGGCCUUUCCUACUGCAGCUAUUUAGCAAUAUAAAAACAAUAAUACCGGCACAAAGUGCUCCUGGAUUAAUGGAAAAAUAUUUUGCAUCAUCCAAAUUAAAGCACCUGAGUGUGUUUGGCUGCAGCAAACACACAUACACCUGUUUCUCCUGGCCUCUGAACGCGUGUUUGCUGCCCCUGCGGGUCUACUACCUUGACAAAUCGCACAGAUGUUACUACAGUAACCACAGGUCUGGUUUAAUCAAUUGAAAGACAGAAAUCUUUCCAAGACCACAACUUUAAUGAAAGUGCCAGCAGAUGGACACAAAGGCUGUGUGGUGUGAUUACUCUGGCCUGAAUCUUAUUGGUUUCUGCUGCAGAAGAGCUCAUUAUGUAGCUGUUAGAGCUGAAAGCGAUGUGAUAUUUAGAAGCAACGCCUCUGUGAAUUGCUGUCUGUGGUACAUUUUGGGGGCUUUACUGGCAGGAAAGUUUGAGGAACGGCAUGGCCAUGCUGGAUUUUAAUUAACGCGGUGUGUUUGCUUAAUUGCGAGCGCUUGGGUCAUUUAGUCUGUGCGUCCUUUCAUUACAUUUGCUUUUCAGGGUUUUUUUUCUGUUCAUUUAGAGCAGAUCUGUUCAAUUAAUUUUAAGAGGGGUCAGUUUAACCAAAAAAGGGCAAUGAAGGCUAUUAAAACUGCGUGUAAAAUUAAAAAUGACACAGAGUGGAGCUUUGAAUCAAGAAAACCUACACACAGAUUUACAAAUACAAGCAAUUUGUUGUUUAAAUAAACACAAUUUUUCAAUGCAUUUUAAAAGUUAAUCUAUCUGCUGACACAAUAUUUGAAAUAUUUCAUUAAACUUACAUCCCUGUGUUGAGAUAAUCUAAAUAUUAGUUUAGAAAACCGAGAACAAAAUCAUUAAGAGUAAAAUUAAAACUUAACUGCUGACCCGCUCUCCUCCAGCAGCUGCUUGUUUGAGCCCUGACAAGUUGAUCACCGAGUGCAGUGGAGUUCCGCAGCUCAAGGAAGAAAAUUUAUGAUUAUUACCUCAUGGAAAUGCAAUCAGAUCGAGACGCUAAGGCAGGAGAACUACCGCGUCUGCAGUGCACAUGCAAGAUAGACAAGAACUCUGAUCACAUUUCCAUGAAGUAAUUAUUAUAAAUGUUCUUCCUUGAGCUGCGGAACUCCACUGCACUCUGUGAUCGACUCAUCAGGGUUUCCCAACAAACAAACGGCUGCUGGAAGAGAGUAGGUGCGUUGUGUUUAGUCUCUUUGCUAAAGAAAUCAGGCAAAGCUAAAAAGAUGUUUGAUAGCUAGUACUAUAGCUGGGACCCUAUAUGUCCUGUUGAUGAAGUUAGGUGCUGUUCUGAGCAUUAUUUGUGGCUAUAGAGUGGCCUUUUGGUUGAGGUUUGCGUGUGGAGACGUAGACCGCUGUGUAUUGCUAUAAUGUUAUAACGUUGGUGUGACUAGUGAACCAAGCGGUCGGCAACGUUCAUCUCUCGAGGGGGUGUCUAACUUGAUGUUAAGGUGUGUUUGACUAUAACUUGAAUCUACGCUGGAAUAUCCCUUUAAGAGUAAUUUCUGCUCGUAUUUAAAACAUUUAAGAUGCUAUUUUACAGUUCAUCACUUGUUGUUUUGUUAGCAUCAGUUUCUACCCGUCAUUGUUUUAGUAGAGACAGGUAUCAGUGAGAGUGUGACAUUAGCACACUGCAGCUGUUGUGAUCUCCUAAAUUGAGAAUUAUGCUAUACUGUCUUGCCUUGUUCGUAAUUAUUAGAGCUGAAUCAAGAAGACAGUUUGAUCAAAAGGUAUUGAAACCUGCUUAUUAUCCUCAAUCAAGAAAGAGUAAAAGUCUAUGACCUGAUCUAAAAGACACUGAUUUCAUUAAAGCUAAAGCAACAAUACCAGCCUUGUGUUAACCCUCCGCACUAUUAGAUCCUCUUUUCACCAUCAUAUUGUAUUCAAUCAUCUGUGAAGAAUCAAAGGAGCAACAACAACAAUGACAAAGCUGGUCUGAUGACUUCUGCAGUCUCACACUUAGAAGUAAAAUCUGUCGUCUAUUUCCGAGGACACCGUUUGCUAGCUAGCUUUUACCUCGUAUCCUUCAGCGGUAGACGGAUCCCUGUUUAGCGUUACAUAAGUAGAACUCAGAUUUCUUUUUCUGUGAAGACUCGAGAGAGUUUUCAGCUCUCAGAAUCAAUAAGCAUGGCUGAAACUCGUCUGAUUACCACUGAGACUUCACACUUUCAGGAUGCAUUUUGCACGUGCUUAGGCCUCUCUCUCUGUGUGGCCACUGAACCUGCAUGGUGUGCUGUUUCUCAAAUCAUAUUUUAGUUUCUCUCAGAGCUCACUGAACAUGACUGGGGCUUUUAUUUGAUUAAGAAAUAGAAGUUUAGUCAAGAUUUUCAUUCUCGGCUAAGCUUUCUGUCUCCACACUUUUCAGAUAUGUUUUUUUAUUUGUUCCAUGGCAACUGUGUGAAGCAUCUGGGACUGCAUGGCAAGUGUUUUUAUGUUUGUGUUGGAGAAAAAUGAGAGGUAGACAAAGAUGACUAGGACAGUGAUACAGGGAUGGAUGAGGCAGAAAAAUGAGAAGGUUACCUGUAGUAAGAGAAAGAGCAGCCAAAGAAAACGUGUGUUUAUGCUUCUUUUUGUUUGCAAGCUUACUCAUGAAUGUCCCGCCCGGGGGGCUUCACCCACGGUUCAGUAAUCCCUGCAACCUGACACCUCCCAGCAUGGUGAAUCAGCCUCCGUGGAGAACUGCCCGUCAGUCAGAACAGCCUCCCUGAGGUCUGACCCUCACAACAACAACUCGUGCUCCUCCUGCACACAGUCACAGUGUGUGCCACCCUUAUCAUAACCUCGCGUUAGAGCUCACUGUGAACCUAACAACACAAACGAAUUGAGGUCCAGACCCAAUGUUGUCAGAGGAUGAUGUUAAAGAUAGUACUGUACAUAUUUUCCCCUGUUAUCAUUUAUUAUUGUUUUUUACUUUUAGUAUACUGUCAGCUCCUAAAGAAAAGAUUUCUCUUAGAUCCUGAUGUUUAUAUCUCCAGUUUUUUCAUAGUGGAUUAAUUCAUUAAAGACAUUUCUAAAGGAAAUUUAAAAAACAGGAGUGUUUGUUCAGGUGCACAGCAGACACUUACCCCCCUUACACCACUUUCCGGCAUUAAAAAUUAGGAUGUAAAAAUCUUGAAUCUUGUCGCUAAUUGUCUUGUUUGCUUUUAGAUAUCAUGAAAAGACUACCCCAAAUUUCAGUCUAUUUCAUAAGCAAAUUCUUCACAGUAGCUUAAAGUGUUUUGUUUCAGCUUUUGUUUUUUUUUUAGCAGGAUGAAGGUUAAGUCAGACUUUUAUGACAGUCAGUGGAGAGCAUAGCAUGGGACUCGGCUCCAUCAGCACCAUCAGCUGCACUUUUAGGAGAGACGGAGCAGCAGCACCCAUAAGAUUGUAGAUGAUAGCAUAUCUAUAACAUGAUUAAAGUCCCACUCUGCCAGUGUUCUCAGUGGUCUUUAAAUUGUUAGAUUAUUCAGUUUUUUCGUCAAAAUCAUGUUAUAUGUGUAAUUUUCAAGCUCUUUUCUUCUGCAGAGCUCCAGUAGCUCAUUAGAAAUUUGCCUCGGAGUCGUGGUCGGUGACAGCACUGUUCUACACACUCCUCUUCAUAUUAGCUUUCAGCCUAACAUUGCCGGUGUAGUAGAAGUGGCAGGUAAAAUAGGAACUAUUCAGCUCUCUGACACUAAUGUCAUUAGGGGGCAUGAUGAAAGUUAAUAUCAUAAUUAGCUUUCUUACGAGCACUGCAAUCCGCUAACGCACAUACUUGUUCUGCAGUCGUCCUCUCUACUUUUCUGAGUCUGGUCUGUGUAGCGGGGCUCUGGGGGCGGAGCUUGGAUUUGUGAUGUAAGAAAUCUCACUGUGUCUGAGCCUGCCGUUUGGGUCUGCCAGAGAUUCACAACGAUUUAAACACAGAAAUAUUCAGAAAUGCAGUUUUGCACUUAUUUUUCUCAUGUUAUCUCCUGUAGCACCAGAAAAACACCAUAGGAACAAGUAAAAAACAAGAAAAACAGGAUUUUCAGAGCUAGUUUACCUCCCCCAUGCAUUUGAGUUACAAUAAUUUUACCAUAAACAUUUUAAAAGCAUAGAAAUUUAUAUUGAACUAUCGUAUCCCCUGUAUGAUUCAGGGGCAUUUCUGUAUGAAAACUUCAGUCUUUGGUGACCGAUCUCAUGUUGAGAUGAUAAAUUGUGACAUUUCGAGGUGAUGCUCUUUUAUAGCAGAUGUUUCAUUGCUGACGUAGUCCUCCCUCAUUCUCUUUUUGCUGGCAUGUGGGGCCAUCUUUGUCCUUCACAGCAGAACACAACAAUCCCUCCAGAGGCCAUUUCUGCCGAAUAACUUCUGAGUACAGCAGAUUAUACUUAUUUUCACACCAUGCAUAUCUCAGGAACAUUAACACAAUGUAGACCAAUUUAAAAUAAACCGUAGGGUUUCAAGCAGAGAGGUAGUCCAAGCUGUUCUUUUGAAGUUUGCACUUUCCUCUUAUUUCACAGCGUUUACUUUCGCCUGCCUCAUAUUCAGGGACGAAAGUCGAAGGACACUGAUAAAGAAAGGUUUGUUUUAACUUGAGCACAGAUAACUGCACGUCUUUUGAGUGAGUUUUAGUCCUGGAGCAAAGCAGCAUCAGCUGUCUAAACAACAUUACCCCCCUUACAUGAGGCAUCGAGACAGCUUAGUUUAUUCUUUUUCGUUUUGCUCUGAUCCUAAGAGAGUGUUUGGGUGUAUUUUCUUGCGCUACGUUGUCUCACUCAGUGUCCUGAAUGUUCCAUCUCAACAGAGAUGUGUUUAAAGGGAUAUACCGGCGUAAAUUUAAGUUAUGGUCAAACACACCCUAACACCAAGUUAGACACCCCCUCGAGAGAUGAAUGUUGCCGACUACUUGGUUCUUUAGUAACGACCACACGAUAGCAAUACACAGCGGUCUAUGUCCCUGUGCACAAACCUCAACCACUCUCUUCCGCUUGUUUGUUGGGGAGCCCUGAUGAGUCGAUCAUUGAGUGCAGCAGAGUUCCGCAGCUCGUCGUCGAUUUCUUCCGCUUCAUCCGGGUCGCGGGGGCAGCAGCUUCAGGAGGGAAGCCCAGACGGCCCUCACCCCAGCCACUUACACCAGCUCCUCCAGGUGGAUUCCCAGGCGCUCCCAGGCCAGGCAAGAGAUAUGAUCCCUCCACCUGGUCCUGGGUCAGCCUCGUGGUCUCCUCCCGGUGGGACAUGUCUAGAACACCUCUAACAGGAGGCGUCCAGAAGGCAUCCUAGCCAGAUUUUAGUUCCGCAGCUCAAGGAACAAAAUUUAUGAUUAUUACAUCUGCAGUGCAAAAUGAUUAUUAUGGUGAUUAUUACUUAAUGGAAGUGAUCUGCUUCACUCAGUGAUCGACUCGUCAGUGGUUCCCUAUAAACAAGCGGCUGCUGGAAGAGAGUAGGUGAGUUGUGUUUAGUCUCUUUGCUAAAGAAAUUAGGCAAAGUUAAAAAGAUGUUUGGUGUCUAGUACUAUGGCUGGGACCCUAUAUGUACUGUUGAUGGAGUUAGGUGCUGUUCUGAGCAUUAUUUGUGGCUACAGAGUGGCUUUAUACUUUACUUUUGCAGUGUUCUAAGUUUUUACAUAGUUUUUCAUUUUUAAUGUAUAUCUGUUGCAAACAUUAAUUAUUAGCCAACUGAUAAUUGGUACCCAUGUUGGCCCUGGAAACACUAACAUCCUUUCCUGAUCAACAUCAACAACAACAUCCUCAGAAUCACUAUCAUCAGUUUUCAUUGUGAAACAAAAAACAUUUUCAAGAGAGGUAGAGCAGGGCUGUGAAAAAAGAAAAAUACAGUUACCUUACAGAUGUAUUUAUUUAGCCAAUAAUGUGUAACCUGCUCUGAUUUUCAGUCAAAAUUGGCAGAUUUUGGGAUUUCCUACAGCUGUGAAAUUACAGCGUAGUGCAUCACACCUCUAAAGAGCCAGUGAAGCGAAUGUAAGACAUUCAUUGAAGAGAAACAUGAAAGAAGACUGCUGCGAAAAGGUCGACAAAAAGACGGGUAGAAAAUGAGAAGAGCGCAGAGAACUAAAGAGACCCAGAUAAGAGAAAGCAGUGAUCAAUGAUUUGAGUUUGUCACAUCUCAUGAAUACAGUACUCCCCUCCAUUCAGAGCCAAAUGAGAUAUGAGAGCGCUUGAGAGGAUUUUUAUAAUGGCUGAGCUCUGAUUUUGGCCUGAACAAUACCGAGAUCAUGUUUCAAAUGGCAGAAUGAAGGACAGGGGUUCACAUGAACUCUUGUCAGUGUGUGGUACUUCAUAUUUGAUAGUUCACUUAAUAACAAAAGCUUUCUUUCACCUUUAUUUCUGCAGAAAUUUAUUGGGUGUGAGUGACCUUUUCUGAUCCAGACUGAGUACUGUCUGGUGUAGACGAGUUUCUUUUUGUGAAGGUCACAAAGCGGCUCAGACAGCACAAAAGGCUACGAAACCACUGAUCAAGGGUAGGAGGUAAAGUUUUCACCACAGCCUUGGGGCGUGACGCGUUAAAGGAGUUCAUGAGCAAAAAACAAACUACUUCACAAAACUAUGCAGAGGGUUGAAUGCACCAAAAACUGUAAAGAAAUAACAUCUCUGUGCACUCGUUUGUGUAUAUUUAUAACUGUCACAACUGACUUACAAUAGCAGCAACUGGCUGCUGGAUUAGGAGUGUCAGUGUCAGUCGUUUACUCAACUUUGGCACAUUAUUUUUCUACUUUUUUUAAUGCCUUUUUUCAGAAACAGACUGUCCCAGAUCACUUUAAACUCAAAAGUGGAGGAAUUAUUCUCAUGUUCAGUCACAGUGUGAGUCAGCAAUGACAUUGGGCAAUUGUCCAAGCCGAUCAAUAAAACUAAAUUCCUAUCAGCUAUAGUCUGAUCACUGUGAUGAGGAUUGGGGCAUUAAGCUCUAAAACCUGAACAAAUUUGCUGCUCUGCCAGACUUUGUAAUUAAAUUCUCCACUGGGACAAAUUCACCUGCAAGCUCUGUGUUGUGUCCUUGAGAUAUAUGACCCUCUAUAACAGAGCUAAGAACCCGUAAACUCGGUAACAUCUGUUUCACCAGCAGCAAAACACUCCCCACAGGGGCUUUGGCUAGUUAAGAGAAAAAAAAAUUAACACUGAUGUCCAAGAGGAUUGUUUAGUUCUUCUUAAUUAAGAUUAAUGUUUAUCCCAGCUCUAAUUAGUGGUGGUAAGACAAAGCAAUUACCAUCACACUGAUCUUUGUUCGUGGUUUUCUUUAGCAAAGGUGAACCACGAGUGAGCCUGGAUGAUAGUUUUAAUCAGAAAACAAUUACCCAGGUAUAGGACAAGAUCAGUACAAGUGUAAUGGACCACUUUCUCCACUGGGGGCACAACAAUCCAGCUUUAAGAUACACAUAUUCAUCAUAAACAGUUGUUAGUGUAUUAGUACAGCAGAAAUAUAUGUGCUUCAAUAUUUUUGAGCUGAAGUAUUUUUUUCUUCCUAUUUUCAUAAUUUUUUAUCCUCAUUAAACUUGUGAAACUCAGCCUACAUUGCAGUGUUUUUUCCAUUCCAUGGGUUUUAAAAUAUUAAAUAUUUAGAGCACUUGGCAAUUAUUAUUCAUCCUCCUUUAUGCACACAGAGAAGUGUAAUCUGAGGGACCUCUAACAACUUCAAAAAACACACACGAGUUAAAAAUUAAACAGAGCUGAAAGUCUGCAGCCUCUUGGCCUGACCUAUAUUUUCCAGCCAUGGGUAUUUCGCCCCCCCACACAACAAGAAUAUCAGGCAUGCUUGGCUUUUCCAGCCCACCCAUCACGUUGGAAGGCCGGCAUUGUUCGUUGUUGUGAGAAGUGAGAGAAGUGCAUUUUCAAAGGACUGUGGGCUGUGAGGCAGACGCAGGGGUUUGAGGGUCGAGCCUGUCUGUUAAGCGGUUGGUAUUUCUGUGAGUGAAGGAUUGGGGAGUUUGCUCCGAUGCCGGCUGAGGAGAAUAACAAUGACUCCGGGCAUAAUCAGUUCUGCACAGCCACAGCUCAUUUGGGCUUCGAUGUGGACUAACGGUGGGAGUUUCUGAAAUAGCAACAAAACACGAACACACAAACAGGGCUCAAAGAUGAUGGUGGGCGCAAUAUGACGAUGUAGAAUUAGAUUUUUACGCAGAUUUUUGUUGACCUGAGCCUCAAAGUGCAUCGCAAAGAAUAUAUAAGAAAGCUUGUGAACAGCUCCAGACAUGGAUUAAAACAAUCAAUCAGGACACAUUACUUAAUCAAUAAUAGGUUUACUUGGCACCUGCACUAAAGAAGCAUUUCUCAAGUAGGGCUGGGUGAUAUCUUUAGAAAAAUUGAUUUUAUCAUUUUUUAUUUUUCCCUUGAAAAUUAGCUACAAAUGACAAAGACAUGACUGUAAAUACUGGUUUGGAGUCAAAAACAAUGGGAGUGUUGGAGGAAGUUCAAAGAUUAAAAACUAGUUUGUUUGUUCUUUUAACUCUUGCAAAAAUAAAAUAGCUAGGGUGACCAUAGUCUGACUUCCCAAAAAAAGGACACGACUAUGUGGGGGCGGAGUCACGGAGUUGCACAAAGUUAAUCUUGAGGGUUUUUCGGGUCGGAUCAAGUGUCUUUUACACGCUUCUAACUCAGUAAGUCCGCAUGACACAAACUCGAAACUUACAUACGAAACUGCAGACAUUUAAAGGAUUUUAUAAACUUCCCCAGACAAACCCGGACAGCCGCCAAAAAAGACGGACAUGUCCAGGUAAAAGAGGAUGUAUGGUCACCCUAAAAUAGCAAAUGAAUCAAUUUAAUUGAUUUAUUUACAGCCCUAUUUAUCAAGUUUGACUAUGGUCGGCAAAAUAGAUUUCAGAUUUUUGCGAUCCAAUCUCAGAAAUGGAUUCAGUGGCAGGAAAUCAUCAUCUAGGUCAUUAAUACUGAUCGGACGGAUGGUUCUACCAAGUUCAAAUGGGAUGUGUCCAUGAUGAUUGAGGACCACCUACUGGAGCAGGCUUCACCUGCCUUAGCUGUUAGCAGGAUUGUCCUCAUUUUCUGUUAGUUUGGCUGCUGAGAUCUUGUCUGGGUCACACUUUGUCCAGACCCCUCCUUAAAACGUUACCACCUGACUUUCCCAUCUUGGAGCGGUAGCAAAUUGGUUUUCAAUGCCAUGAGGCCCCUUAUCUGCUCAAUUUGUAGGUUUGAUGAAAAUCAGUGUUGGCUGAAUGUAUCAUCCAAAGCAAAUAAAACAUGCAAAGAUAAAUCUUCAUGUCUAUUCAAAGAAAUCAGUUUCUAUAUGAGCCUAAUGGCAGAAUUCAACAUAAUUAUAUUCACAAAGAGGUAAAAGAGGCCAAUCACAGCCCUGUGGUGCUGUGCUACAGAGAGAUAACACUGAAUUGCUGAAAUGUGUCUCAGCAUAUGAGCUCAGUAGUUCUCUUAAGAAAAUGUAAAGAGCAGAGGAACAUUUCUGCGUGCUUGCUAAAGAAAAAAAAAAAGUCUCUUUUCACUCUCACAUUCCUCCUAUUCUCCAUGAAUCUGAUCUGAGUUGGUAAUGGAAAUGAAGCCUACUUCAAACCUGAAUACCUAAUUAGACUGUGAAACAGAGAUACACACUGCUCACUUUCCAUUACAGCACAUUCUUCUGCAGAGACAUUCGUACAGCAUGUUAUCUGAAUGUAAAGCUAGUCAUUUCAGGUCAAAUGCACGGUGGAGUGUCCAGCAGAGAGGAGUGAGAGGUUGUGUGCUCAGCAGGAAGCUUAGAAGCAGCAGCAUGAGGAGAAGAGUCAAGAGGUUAUUAUGUCUAACGUUGAAAUCUGUGCAUCUUACCGCUUUGUGCAAGCAAAUCAAUUCCAUGCUCAUUUAAUUCAGCACAGCAAAGCCUCAAGGUUAAAGCUGCAGCCGACAAGGGCAAAGACUUCACCCCUAAUUCUCCGCUUUCUCUUUUUAAACGUAAACUUUGAAUGCACCAGGGGGAAAAAAAGAGCUCCAUGUUUGUGUUUUCCUGCGUACAGUUACAGCAGAACUAAAAAAAAAAUGCAGGCUUGGUUUCCGCUCAGUCUUUGAUAUUUUGUAUCUCAAGAGAUUCAGCUACCAGCUGAUUUAAAAUGGCUCAUGAAAUACCGAGUGACGCUGCACUCGACGGAGGUGAUGGCUGACUGGAGAUGACUACACUGCUGUGUAAGUGCUCGAGCAGCAUUUAAAAAGGAUGCAUGGACGACUGGAGCUUACAUGACUUCCAGUUUAGUCAGCAAGUCUUACAGCCAUGUGCGUGAAGAGUGUGUUUGUGUAUGCAAGUCUGUGAGUGUGAGUGAAUAAUUCAUUAUCUAGUUAAAUUCAUAUAGUACAGCCUUUAGGGUCCAAAGAGAGUCAAAAUCUAAGUAUAAUCAGAUCUGAUUCAAUUUACAGAGCAAUGCAUGCAUUUCUUAUUCUAAAUAACAGGUAUCAACAUUCCUGACUGUUUGAAGGCUGAGCCAAAUAAAAGGAUGAGCUCAGAAUCAGCCGCUUAAUUUAAGUGACAGCAACCUCCAAGUUAGUAACCUACAGAAAUACUCACCUUCAAUCUGUCCUGUAAUCAAGCCCAAGCCCUCUUUAUUUUAUUUUAUCUUAUUUUUUUUUAUAAACAACUUAUAACAAACAUUGCUUUAGCAUUUGUGCAAUAAUCUAAUGCUUUAGAUAGGACAUUACAUGGGAGAUGAAUACAUUUAGAUUGGGUUUCCGUCUAAAGAAAGUCUUUGCAUUUGUACAUCAUAGAGACAUACCGCCAUUUUUUUUGUCUCUUUUAUAAUUGAUCAAAAACUGAUCACAGAAGCUUCAAUUGGGUGAUAAAUUGACAGAUCCAUUAAAUAGUCCGUCUCAACUGAAAAUCAGGACUUUAAUCCAACUCGGGUAUGAGUCUACGCCUGAACUUGAUUCUGAGUCCUGAACUUAAGUACCAGAACCCUGCCUUCUAUCUGGCAAACAGUCCACAGAUUUUUUUCCCAUUAGGGUGCUGUCAUGAUGGUUGCCUUGACCUUUCUUCAGAGCCCUGUCUCUGUGAAAGUGGAUCAUGGCUGUGUGAAUUAGGGUUGUGAUGAAAAAAAAUGACUCUGUUGUUUGACGGCCACUGAGGCGACAGUAAAUGUCAGUACUAUGGCAGGUGUACUGAAGGACAAUUGGACGAUUAUCAGACUGGUCUGCUGAUAAAUUUGUGUGUUCAGCCAUCUUGUGUAGUUGCUUUCAAUCUGGAGGUAACUCAGCGUCUGCUGCUACUUGCUGACUGAGACAGCAGAGUAGAUAGUUGGAUUUAAGUCAGAAGAUAAGCCGUCUCAUAUUUACUCCUUAUUUUUACUUCUUAAGUUUUCUAUUUCAGACAUCCUGUUACCCAUGACUUCACAACUAUAUGCUGUUAUACAUGCUGUUACUCUGGUUUUACAUCAAUUUUCAGAGAGCUCUGACAGCACCAUUGUAGAUUUAUUUUUGACUGCUCAGCUCAGUGAAAUGUGCACACUUCCAUGUGUUAUCCCAGAAUGCUCCAUAGCUGCGACACUCGCGUCACGAGCCAAGAAGCGAGUCUGUGGUGGCAGGCUGCCCGGCUGAUCUCAUUGCAGUGUGAGAUUCAGCAUCACUGUGAACCAUCUCAGAUAACUUCAAAGUGUGAGACGACCAAACCCCAAAAAACGCAUCACACACACACACACACACACACACUGCCAGCUUUAUGAUGCUGAGUCGACCACACAGCCAGGUCACUGGGAGCAAAGCCAGACUGUCCUAACUUGGCCCUCUAAUAACAGUAUGACAAUUAUAUACACCUCUAAGUCUCAGAUUAGUUAGAGUCAUUAAAAGGUCAAAGCUUUUGUGGAAUUGGAAGUUCCUGAAACUGGUGGGAUUUGCUUUUUUUUCUUACUUUUAAUGGGAAACACUCUUCUUUUGCAGAUCAGAAGACGUAGACCCACACCAGCAACUUUGGUGGCAUCCAGUGAUCAAUCCUCACCUGGUAAGACAGAGACACACAAUACAUGAUCAUGUCAUUUCUGGAUUACUGUGUGUGAGAAAACUGCACUGAUUUAAUAUAAUACUUUGAGGUUACAGCUGAGGUGGCCAAUUGUUCAUAGACUGUAGGUUUGAGGGAAACCUCAGACAGAAAACAGGUCAGGAACUGCAUUAAUUUUCUGAUGCUUGAUUUGAUCCAGAAAGUUCUUCCGUUUUGACACCAGAUAUUUGCGUUAUUGUUUCGUAUAACAGCUGUUUGUAUUCAUGGAGGACUAGGAGGCACGUACAUUGAUUGGCCAGAAUAUUGUGUUGGUGGAUGAUGUUGCAUUGCAGUCUGGACUCCUCUGUGUUUCAGAUGUACAAGCUUUAGAAUUCUAUCAGUGUAAUCAAAGGUUAAGACAAACAUACAAGACAUUAUUACCAACCCAGACAAUUAAAAAAGGAACUCCUGUUUGUCUUUUACUGACUUAUUUUCUGAAAGAUAAAAAUGAUCAACCAAGAAAAUGUUAGAAAUAUUCAUUUAUGAUGUAAAAACAAGAAGGAGUAGGUAAUCUAUGAUAGGGCAGAGCGAUAAACUGAAAAUUUACCGAGAUUUACGACAAUAACCGAUGUCAUUUUGCCCAUACUGGUAUAUUUGGUGUCAAAAAAGUAAAUAAAUAAAAGUUGGUUUUGGAUGUGUGUAGGUAGGCUAUGGUCUCAUGUCUCUUUAAAACACUGUCCUAUAUCAGAGACGUGACUCCACCCCAUCUAGUCCGUAACAAAGAGGGAAAGACAGGUGAGGAGAUGGAGGAUGGUUCAAAAGUUGGAGCAGCUGGAGCGGCGGCUAUGGUCACCCUACGUAGUACCCAUGCAAGCAUUUCCAACUUAGCAGCUUUAUGCUGAUGAUACAGUCUUAUAUGUUCCAGCAAGUACAUCCAAUGAAGCAGCUAAGAGAUUAUUAUCGUAUAUGAUUUGGGUGUGCAAGCUUACUGUGAAUGAAAAAGACAGUCUCUGUGCGCUUUUCCAUCAAAAAACAAGACAAUCGGAAAAGCAGCAAAGUGGGAAAAACUAAAAACAAACAUGGCAACACUAUAACACACUAACCUGGUAUCAUGUGCUCAGUUUGGAUCAUUUUUAACAUUUACAUACUUGAUACUGGUUUUUAGACGCUUGCAAAUUUUAGCACCAAAGAUUUGUGCAAAUUAUUCACCAGGCAAAACAAUUCCAGGCACACCAGGGGCACUGCUAGCGGCAAUGUUAAAGUUGCACAUUGGGAAAAAAAAAACUCCUUUGGGCUUUUUUUUUUCUCCAUAAAAGGCUCUCCAAUGUGAAACACGCUGCCAAUCGAAAUAAUUAACAUAAACCACCUCAUUAAAAAUAAACUAGGGGUUUGGUAAAGUUGACGGACAGGUGGGUGUGCUGUAGCUGUUCAACAUGAGUUUAAUAAAAAAAUGUCUUAGUUUCACCUCUUUAACUGUCCAGAAACUAUGGCGAGCUAGAACAUCAGCAAUAUUGCUUCUUCAGAUGCUUCUUUGUUUGAUGGUUGUGAUUAAGCAGCUCAACUGUAUCAUGCACCAAAUGAGUCUCUCCCUGCAUUAUGACAGGGAAAAUAUGUUUGUGUGUGUGUGUGUGUCCUCCAGAGGGACCUCAGUGAUCAAACAAAACAGUGCUCUCCUCUCUAGAGUUAUCUUGUUCGAUGAGUCAUCUCCGGCUCCCUGCUUCAUAUUCUCUGCCUCUGCAUGUGUGUGCGAGCAUGUCUGUGUGUGAAAUGUGACCCAGCACAGAAUUAACAGAUGAUCAGCCAGGAAUGUGGGGCACAUGAGAGUAAUCUCCUCCAGGUGAGAAGCAGAGGGUGGCGUUCUGUGUUUACUAUGAAUAAAUGAGAGCUAAUGCGUCAGCGAGGAGACCCUGCAGAGACUCACACCGUCGCAUUGUUUAGAUUAGCGUUUUAUCAGAGAGCUCCCUAAUUAGGGUUUUAUCUUGAAAACAACAACAGUCUAAUUGUGUCUGAUUUAAAAUCCCUGUCUUUGUGUGUGAUCUGUUUGCUGAUAUGUGUGUGAGUGUGUGUACCAGUGUGUGUUUGUCUCAGUAAUUGGAUGCUGAGCGUGAGGAGUGUCUCAAAGUCAUCCUUGAUCUCUGAAUGAACGUGCAGGGAGAACCCUUCACAAUUCUCCUGCUCAGCAGAUCCGAGGCGAGAGCAGAGAAAAGAGAAACAGGAAACUUCAGAGGCCGUCGAAUGGAGGCUUUUGUUUAGUGAAGGAAUGAGAAUGUGAAAUAGGAAAACAAGAAGAAACUGAGAUGAAGUACUGAAGGGAAAGUGGUUGUAUUUGUAUUUCUUAGGUAAUAAUAUUAGUUAUUGCAAAAUAAAAAAGGCAGAAUUCUUCUCGAAUAUCAAGCGCAAAAGGAUUUGCUUCAUAAAUUGGCCUUUUUUCGUCAUCCCUAUCUAACUGUCAGAUAUGCACAAAGAUGAAACUUCAAGGUUUGGUAUAAUCGCUCUUGUGUGCACUGGCUUUAGGCAUGGUAAGCCACUGAGUAGAUGUGCUUUUCUGCAUCAACUUCACCAACUAUAAAGACAUAUGGAGUUAAAUUUGCAUCAAAAACAUUUCACUAAAUCUCCUGAGUAAGGUCUGCACUAGGAAUGGGCACAAUUAAUGGAUUAAAGAUUGUUAAGAAUUACGUAGAUCACACAAUAUUUCAAUCAAUCUAACAUUAUUAAAAAGGGCUGACAGGGUGUGUCCAUCCUCCAGCUGCUUUCCAGCAAACGUCAACUUCUGCUGAUCAGGAGGGAAACCCUCUUUGUCCAGUCAGUGUGUGUUUGUUCAAGCAAUGCUAACUAUCACCGCACAGAAGGAUUUUGACAUUUUACAAGGGGGGUGAUACAGCGUCAGCGGGCGAUUUUGGGAGACAGUCCACUUUUUGGAUGACCUGUCCCCAGCUUAAGUUGUCACCGGAAAUAUCCCAGAUUUUAGCGUUUCAUGAACAAGAAAAAAACAACGAUUAUUACAAUAGCUGCGCAGGUAGGAAGCGUGCCUCAGCAUGUAACAUGCAGUGCUUGACAACAACGGGGGGAUGUUCAAUGAGGAAAAAAACGUUUUUUUGCGUAUUUUCUACCAUUCACAUAAAAAAAGAUCAAAUCGAUGAUUGAUCGUUAAUUUAUAUGACUAAUCAAUCAAAGGACUUUUUUAAAAUGCCGAUUCCCAGUCUGCACUACUCUCAUAGUUGUAUUGGACCUCAGAGGCUAUACAGCAGGGAGCCACAUACUGUAGAAAAUUACAGUAAGAAGAUACACCCGGCUGGUUUGAACAGUCCAAAAUAGGGUGCUUAAUUGGUUUCUAUGUAGCAAGAAUAGGUGUAAGUGGUACAUUAUCAAUAAGAAUAUAUGUAAUAUAUACAUACACUCUCAUCAGGGGUUGUAACACUCAGAAUUGGAUUUGAAUGUUGGUCAACUUUAAGAGUUUCCCAAUUGACUGUUAAAGUAUUUGGUGCGAACACUGGCUUUCCCGUAGUAUUUAAGCCAGACCCUAACCAAGCUUACACACAACACCAAGGAUCCUCAAACAAGUUUCCUUGCAAUGCUUCAUGAGUUAAUAUGCACAGCAUCUCUUUUAAUGAUGAGGCACACACUCUUUGUUAUCGCAGCUUGUUAUACAGAGGUCAUUACAUUCUCUGCAUCUACAUGGAAAAAAUCUAAAUAACCCUGAGAACUUUGCACACUAACAAUGAAUCCUCCAGACUCAUAGAUAAAACACAUUUACUUCUGCCAGUGAGUAUCACAGUGUGUUUACAUGCAGAGUUAAUCUGAGCGAUGUUUAUGGCUCUGGCUGCUGAUUUAACUGGAUUACUGGCUUUGCCGCAGUUUACAAGCACCAGACGAGAACCAUUCAUUGACACAAAUAUCUCUGCCUUUGCAUUAUGUCCCUUUUCAGCAAGUUACAAUAAGACUGUCUCCUGGUUGACCUGUUGCAUCAUAAACAUAAACAACUGACAAAGAAGUCAGCAAGAGGCCGGUUGUUCGUCCAACGGUGAAAACAUGGACUACUUUACAGUUCAGCACCUUUAUUACCUAACACAUCUUUAUUCUUCUUCUGUGGAGGUUUUAUUUACUACCCUGCUUCCUUUAGUGCGCUUACACUGUUCAACAUCCAGGUCAAGGACGAGCAUAUGAACUCCAGAGCAUGUGUGCAGAGCGUUGUACUGGUUGUAUCCAUGUAGUAUACAGAUUUGAAGCCAAAAAUCUCUCGGUAAUUUCGCCUUUUUUCUCCACUUCCUGAAACCAUUGUACGCAUUCGGCAGGAGAGUCGCUGUGAUGGUGCUCUGAUCAAACAGCGUACACCCAUAGGACUGUAUUAAGUGUCAAUCAUAGAAAACAUGAACCUCCUAAUAACUUUUAAAAAUGGAGCCGCACAGAAAAAAAGGAGGACUUGAGCACAAACCAGUCCUAAAGUAACUACAUGUCAACAUCGUUUGUCCACAACUCCAUAAGGAUUGCUGGAGGAGGCGGGAUUUAUGACCUAUACCGCAGCCCGCCACCAGAGGGUGCUGUUCUCAGGGGUGGCUUCAUCCAGCGAGGAAGUAGACGGCGUCCAUUCAAUAUACAGUCUAUGGUUUAGGCCAGUUUGGGUCUUGUGAGGUGUAUCCAUUCAAGACAAAAGCGAUUCCCAAACUACAUAACCAAGAAUACCAGUGCGACAACAAGUCAGUCUAAAUGUGCAAAUAUGUAUUUUAAAAGUUUUUACCUUUAGGCGCAAAAAUGCAUAUUUAAUAUCAUGAAACUGCGUUGAGUGUCCGUUGGUCCAGAUGUUUGUUUUUUUUAAAACCUGUUCUUCAAAUGACCACAAAAUGUGUUCUUGCGUUAACAGUGUGCAGACCCUGAAUGCUACUAGCUUUAAUAAUCGAUUUACCUCUAAUAGUUGUCCUUCAUUUAUACUCUCUGUUUAACCAUCCAAACAACCAUUAGUUUAACAGAUGUAGAUGCUGUUGCAGGUCUUGUAAUAUGCUGGUUUUACUGAAAAUAUUUGGAAAGUGAGGCUUGCAUAUAAGUGAAAAGUUGUGUGACAGUUUUAAAUUUUGAUUGACUUGUAUUUUUUACACACAGGGCUAAAUACAGCAUGUGUGUUCCCAUAAUGCAACACUGUAAAAAUGAAAAAUCCCAAACUGAAGACAUGAAUAAAAGAUGAGCUGACAGUGAUUGACAGACAGGCGGCAAUGGAAACAGACAUCAAAUCAGACACAAUCACAGAGGGUUAGACAUUUGUGUGUGUGAGUGUGUGUGUGUGUGUAAGUGUGUGAAAAUGUGCAAGAGCGGAGGAGGGAGUGGAGGAAGAGGAGGAGGGGGGUGGGGAGGAACAGAUAUGAUGAUGAGGAAGAGGAGCGCUGCUGGUGCAGUAAUGGUGUGCCCCACAUCAGACAGAGCCCUGCAUUAUUUAAUGCUGUGCAGAUUACUGUGGCCUCUGCACUGUGAACCCCAAUCGCACAUCAGAGGAGCAGCCACAUGGAGACAUACAGACGACGAAGAAGCAGCUGCAGGCUGAAUAAUGAGGAAGAGGAGAGCCUUAUCCCAGUCUUACCACAGGGGGAAGAGGAGGAAGGUUUUUGUGGGGGAUUCAUGUCUUUACUUAAUUAAAAAACCCCAAAACAAAAGUGAAUAUCUAUGUCUAUGUAUCUAUAUUGCCUCAGUAUUUUAUGUCGCCUGAGCUGCUAACAUUUGGAAGUGAAUAUUUUAUGUUUUCCUGAUGAAUGGUAAUGGUAGAAAGUGGUGAUACUUUUCUUUAAAUCUGCACCGGAGCAGCUUCUGGUGUGCAGACUUUAUCUCUUUUAUUUAAGCUGAGAUUUGAUCACAUAAAUCACAGCAGUGCUCUGAUUUGCACGCCAUUUACGGAUGCAAAUAACCAUCUGCCCACAUAAAACAAUCGUGUUAUGUAGAGCUCUUAAAGUGAGACACUUCAUCUCAACACACAGCAGCAGCUGCUCUGUGGGUUUCAAAUGAAGUGUUCUGCCACCUGUAACACUGGCAUAUAUAUGGAGCUAUUAGCAUGAGGAGAGUUGUAUCAUUUUGAUUGGAUUUUAUAGUAAAAAACCUUGUUUGAUUCAUACAGGCUCACUCAGAUCCUGAUGAUAGAAACAAAAAUAAAGACUGUGAAGGCUCAGCAUAGAAAUCGUCUACAACCAGAUGAUCAGUAAACCGCUCUUUUAUAGAAAGAUUAGUUUUGCAGGUUCAUGAUGAUGACAUGGUAGGGGCGUGAGAUCAAACAAUCUUAGAUCGUGAAGGACUAAAAAGUGAGAACUUUCUGCCGAAGCACAAGGAUUGUAGAACCGUCUGAAGAGUGCAUUGUAUCCAUAACGUGUGUCUAAAUAAACUUAUUGUAAAUAUUUUUGUAAAUACUGACUUUUGUACUUCAAGUGUUAUUUUAGGUUCAAAUUUAUUUGAGAAUGAGACCAUCCAGUUAAGAUAAAUGUUUUGCUGUUCAUUGUUAAAAUCUGGAUGUUUUAUUUUACUUAUUACUUCUAUUACUUCUUAUUUCAUUUUUUCCAUACUGCCCACCCCAUAGACUGUAUAUAGAAUGGACAGUGUCUGCCUCCUCGCUGGGUGAAGCCACCCGAAAACAGCACCCUCUGGUGACAGGCUGCAGUAUAGGUCAUAAAUCCCGCCUCCUCCAGCAAUCCCUAUGGAGCUGUGGACAAACUUUAGAAAUUAAUUACACAGAAUAUAAAUUUUUCUCCCCCCUGGUUGUGAUGUUGACAUGUAGUUACUGUAAGACUGGUUUGUGCUCAAGUCCUCUUUUUUCUGUGCAGCUCCAUUUUUAAAAGUUAUUAGGGGGUUCAUGUUUUCUAUGAUUGACACUUGAUACAGCCUAUGGGUUUAUGAAGAUUGCGUAGCUCACCCAGUAGAGUUGCUGUUUGAGCCGAGCGUCAUCACAGCGACUCUUGGCGACUCUCUGACUCUCACUGCGCAAUAUUGGUUUCAGGAAGUGGAGAAAAAGCGUGAAAUUACAGAGAGCUUUUCGGCUUUAAAUCUGUAUACUGGCGGAAGGCGAAACUAAGUUGUCCAUUGUAUAUACAGUCUAUGGCCCACCCCUAUGACAGGGUGAUUGUUUUUAUCAAGUUACACAUAAUUUUUUCACUUUGUUGUAUUCAUGUAGAGUUUCUAAUUAAUCUAAGAUGGUUAAACUGUGACAAAAAAAUAAGGUGAGACAGAAAGCAGAAGUUUUACAGAAAUACCUAGCAGAAUAAAACUGUCUCAUCUCCAUGAACAGAUCCACAGAUUAAGACAUAUGCCAUCGUAAUCCUACGUUUUACAGAAUAAUGUAUUCAUUGUGUAAUGUUUUUCUCAAAGACCUGUAACUGGAGGGGUUUUCCUCCAAAGUGUUGUUUAAAAAGGUGUGCCCUACUCCCCUCGGGGGAUUAAACACAAGAUUAAGCUUGCAGUGGUAAUGAAAUAAGCGCAUUUCUAAUUGUUAUUCAGAAUCAGUGGAACAUAGUUAUACACCUGUUGUUUUUUAAGGUUAAAUGCUGCACUUGUUUGGUUGACUGUGAUGAUCCUAAUUGCUGUUUUGAGCACUAUAGCUAUUUAUUUCUUUGCCUUUGUUAUGACAAGAGUGGGUUUGAAUACAGUUCAUUGUUUGUUUAUUUGAACUCAAUAAGAGAGCAGAAGAAUAAAAAGAUUUUUUUUUCUUUGAUAUUAAAAUAAGGGAAGCGCACGCUUAUUUUCCUCCCCCACUUCAUUUUUUUUCCCCCUCUUCACUGAGCAACAGUAAACACAUGUAGAACAAAGACAACAUAACCUUUAAACAUACUACUGUCUGUGCAUAGAUGUCUCUUUCUUUUAAAUCUGAAACACAGCCUGGUUGUCUUGAUUUUGCUUGCCUCUUUUAGUGUGCUGCAUCUAAACUAUAAAGCCACACAGUCUCCAGCAGGAAGCUAAAUUUGACCAGCUGGGCUAAAUAAAGUGGAGGCAGAAGACUGGUCCCCGUUUUAUUCUGGCUUUCUGUCAGACUGACAGUCAGCUGGGAGUUGCAGUGAUGGACUCAUCAGUGCCAGAGAGGCUUUUUAUCAUUGGCCUUUUUCUCUGACUCGGCAGCACAGAUGGGCUCAGUACAGACAGAAAACAAUCUGAAUGUAGCAGCUGAUUAAAUUCAUAUUUAUGUUUCCCUGACCAAUAAUAAGAUUCUACCAGGACUUCUACUAUGAUUACAUCAGCCACUUCUGCAACUGCUUUUUCAUGCCACUAUCUUUUAAAUCAAACAAAGCUGCUUACUGUCUGCGGAUAGAUUUCUCUGAGCAUGCUUGACAGGAAGUCAAAAUUUUAAUCAAACUUGUAAAUGUAGUCCAUAUGUGGUGAAACAGCAGCAGGAUGAUCAACAGGUAUAAGUUAAAAUGCAUCAUUUUACAGCGACUCAAGAGUUAAAAGCAUAUGCUUUGACACUCUGAUAUCAGAGCAGGCUUUCAAUAGUUAAAGACACUUAAAAUAUCUGUUUUAUAAAGUAAAUAAUCAAGGGAGGAAGGGUAAUUUAAGAUAUACUAUAUAUCUUAAUAUAUUGAGAAUCUGAUUUUCCUUCUGUAUAAUUGUUUAAUUGUAACAACCUGACAAAUAAGAUACAAUACGAUAUGUGAUAUAUAACACAAAACAUUUCUAUAAAAUAAUCUGAUACAAUUUGAUACAAAACGAAACAAUUCUAUACGAUACAUGAAAAAUAACGCAAAACAGUUCUAUAGAUUAUGAUAGGAUACAAUUUGAUGUAAAACGAAAUGAUACAAUUCGAUAAGAUACGAUACAGUUCAGUAAAUAUGAUUCAUAAGAUGUCACGAAGUUUAAUAGAUCAGAUUUUAUAAAAUAUGAUGGACCACUAUGGUCUACAUUGAUGCCAUUUGUAAAGAUAGAAAAUGACACAAUAGGAAAGAAUGGGUUUCAAUACAUUUAACAUUAUAUGAUAGGCCAGGAUGCUCUUCCAUGCUACUGUAUGUUACAAUAUAAUGCAAGACAUUUCAAGAGAACAUAAAGUAACAGAAUAAAAGAACAGAUAGCAAAACACAAUAGGACGUAAUAGAAUCAGAUACUUAUGAUAGGAUAUUAAAUGAUAUCUUGUAAGAGGAUGAAAUGGGCUAAAGUUAAAUGGCAUACAGUUUAAUAAGGCAGAAUAUGAAAUAAGACAAAACUUUUUACUGUUAUCAUGGAUCGACAUCAUUUCACACAUGCAUUAAUACAAUUUUGUUAUUUUGAAAAUUCUUUGUAGCUCCUACAUUUUACUUUCUGUUUCAAUUUCUGCAGCUUUAGAAAUUGUUCCAAAUCUUCAAACACAUUUUUGGAGGACGUUUACCCCAGCUUGAAUCUUUUAAACAGAGGAGGUCUUUUCAAAAUCCUAUUUGCUGUCCAAGUUUUCAGAAAUUUUCUACAACUUUUUCUGCAUUUCUUUGCCAAAGGUCUCAAUUCACAGAUCAUAUUUCCCCCUGAUCGUUUGAAAAUCCUAUUUCAAAAUGUUUGGUUUGACAACUGUGUCAAAUACCAGUCUAUAAAAUUGCAAGCUUUAUCCCAUAACUUAAAAAAAAAAACCUCAUGGCUGGCCCAUUUCCUGGGAUUGAUUUAAAACAGAAUCCAUAACGAUCGUCUGAACCUCCUUAAACUCCUGGGAAAACCUAACAGUAAGACUCAGUUUCAAACGCCGGCUAAAACACGCACAGGUAGAGAUAAAUCUAUCCUGAAAAUUGAAUCUAAUGUUUUCUGUGUCAGGUUGAGUUUGUGUUUGAUGCAGAUGGAAGGAGAGAGAGAGAGAGGUACAAAGAAAGAAGCACAUCAGUGGCAUUUUGAACAGCCUAGUGAAUACUUUUAAGUAGGAAUAACAUAUGCAUAGGCUCACUCAAACACACACUCAUACACAAACGCAAGCACACACAGCGACUUCCUAGUGCCUAGGGAUGCACAGGUUGCCAGGCAACAAGGUGGUGUCCUAGAAAAAAGUUCCAUGCUGAAACAGUGAGUUGGAUGCUUGUGAAACACACACACACUAUUGAUUCCAGUUUACUGUUUCCGUGUUCUCCAGCAGAGUGAUUAUUUCCUUCUAUUUAUGUCCUCCCAUGUAGUGACCACAGAGUCGAGUUUCAUAUAUUGACUUCAGAUGAUGAAACCCCUCUUUAACCAGGGGAAAUCACAUGACCCAAAUGAAGUGGUAUAGUGGAGUAGUCUUGUUCUGCUGGGCUUAUUUGAUCUCGACAUCUCUAUUAUUUCUCUCUUAUUAAUCUCUUUCUGUGUGGAUUCUACUUCAAGUUACAAAGAGAGAUGUUGAAGUAUUAUAAAUGUCCUUCUGCCUGGACCAAGAACAUCCUCUAGUUUAAAAGUAGCUUUGGCUGUAUGCAAGAAAACAAACUCAAUAGAUAACAACUGCAGCCGACUCUCCAAUUCAUUAAUAAAACCCAUAAAGAGAUAUGUACAUACAAGCUGCAAUUUGCUCUAAGAUGUUGCCCUAAAGCUCAAGUGCUGAAGGUGGCUUUAUAGGGCGAGGAAUCCCCUAUAAUCCCCUAAUGAGCUACUGGAGCUCUGCAGAAGAAAAGCCCUUGAAAAUGACAGAGGUAAUGCAACUUUGGUUAAAAACUUAAUAAUCAAAAUUUAAAGACCACCGAGAACACUUUAAGUAGUGAAAAAGCCAUCAGAGUGGGACUUUAACUAUUUACUCUUGCAUGUAUGGGGACUGACCUUUAUGAGGUUCAAGCAGAAUGUAAUGAAGUAGGGCUGGGCGAUAUGGCCUCAAAUCAAUAUCACAAUAUAUUGAGCAGUUCACCUCGAUAACGAUAAAUAAACAAUAACUACUCCACAAGCUGCUCACCCCCACCCACAUUAACUUCAUCUACUACAGCUGCCGCUCUAGCUGCUACAACUUUAGAACAGUCAGUAGAACAGUCAGUAGAACAGCGUCUUAAAGGGACAUGAGACCAUCGCCUACUGACUCACAUCCAAAACCAACUUUUAUUUAUUUGACACCAAAUAUAUUAACAAAAUGGCAAAAUGAUGUCUGUUAUUGUCGUAAAUUUCAGUAUCCGUAAAUUUUCAGCUAAUCGCCCAGCCCUAUAAUGAAGACUUGUAUCAAGUUGGUCCAAUCAUAUCCAAUCAUCACAUAAUUAAUUUCAUCUUACAUUAUCUGCCUUUUUAUUUUCCAGAUAAACACUUUGAUAUGAUGGUUCCAGCAGUAUGAAUGGGGACUUGGUUCAAAUCAAAUCAGCUUAAACAAACAAUCUCAUAUUGACUCCUGACUGUGAACUGCUCCUCUCACUUUGCAACUAAGUGCAAAUCUACUCUAGACUGCAACAUGGACUUUCCAUUCAGGGUUCUGUAUGAACAGUCAUCUACCAUCAGUAAAAGUCUGCCUCCACAAUCUCUCAUAAAGAGAGUGGAUGAGCGUCGUCAUGUUCAGCUGGAUUAAUCCAGAGAGUCUGUUUUUAUCACUGAAAGAUGAGAGGAGGGAACAAGAAAAUGAACGAUUCCACCCAUGCUUGGUAAAAAUGAGCAAAUGCUUUUCGCAUUGGUCCGUAGUGCGUCAAAAGCAUCUGACAGGAGGUUACCUUGAAUGCUCCCUACUCUGCACUAAGAGGACACACAGCAGCUCCCUGGCUCAGGACAAACACACACUGAGCAGAUGAAUUGUGUUUUCAUGAGCAGUGCUUUUCACUGACAAUGAUGUGUGAACUGUUAGUUUCAUAUGCUGGCCUUUUUUCAGUAAACACUUCUUUCCUCGUCUGAAUUGAUUUACCACUUUUCAAAACUAAAUGAACUGUUUUUUUUCUUCUUUGCAGAAAUAGAUGAGGAUCGUCUCCCUACUCAGUUGUACAAGGUAAUUCCCUUCAUGUUCUGUGAAAGGCAAUGCCUAAAUUACCUUUAUCAGUGUUGAAGUCUCUGAGUACUCGGUGCCAGCUGAUGUGAAGGUCUGAUGUCUUUCAGGCAGCUUUGUUGAACUCUCCUCGACAGCGGAGAAAAGGGCAGAAGGGGACGCCUACGAUGAAAGGUAGAGACAGUUAUCAGCCUUGAUAUCAGCCUGUGUGUCAUGCUGGCAUUUUACGUGUUAGAUCACAGUGAUCCACAUCACCUAGAAAACCACAGAAAGCACGACAGCUACCCUGAAUAAAGCAGGAACUUUAAGAGCCUGUCCUGGUGACUGACACCUGUAAAGGUCCUCUUUUCUCAAAGUUGUAGAGUUGAAGGAGGUUAGGACACACAAUAGUUGUAAAUCAGGUCAGCGAACGCAUGACUUCAUAGAUGUGGGAAGGGCUGAGAGGUCAACUUGUCAAACUUAACUACUGUAAUUUACAGCCUUGGUGUGUCAUGAGAGUUGAGAUGCAACAGCAGGGGAAUUUUUCCACAUGAAUAAGUUCCUUAAGAAGAUUAUCACACAUUUCUGCAGGUCUUUUGAAAAAAACAAAAGGAUAAAAACAGUCACACCAUGGCUCAAAAAGUCUGAUAACAAUAAAAUUUAAGGGAUGUACUUAUUUUUUAUCGUUACAGCUAACCUCACACAAUUCAGCUGCAAACACAGUCCAGAAAAAAAACAAAACAAAAGCUUUUGUACUGUAAAAUCUUCAACUUGGAAAGGUGUUAACUCUGUUUAUUUAGUUAAAGUCGGAUUUCCAUCCAAAGCUGCAAAUAACUGCAUGUUUCUCUCCUCUAUUGUGGACACAGAAAGGGUUCAAAAAUGAUGCACUGGCUCAGAAAGCACAACUCAAACCAAGGACAGAGAGAGUCUCAUCAGUCAGCAGUGUGGAUGUUUUGUGCCACGUGUACUCUCUCUCUCUCUUCACAAGCGCAAAUAUGAAGUGUUUUAGUCACAUGCUUCGUGUGCAUUAUGAUUUAUUUUUAUGUGUCAAAUAAACCCUCUCACCACAAAAUUGUAGGUUGUUAUACACACAGCUGGAAACAAGGGUAAAAUGCAUUCUCUGACUUGUAUAAUGUUCAUGCAUCUAAUUUAAAAGGCAUACAUUAUAUGCCAGGGCUGCACAAUUUACCGAUUUUAAAUCAUGAUCGGAUUAUUUUAUUAUGACAAUGUUAAAUAAAUAAAAAUCCUCAAAUCAAUUUUGGGUGAGAGAGUGCAUAAAUCAGUCAACGACUACCAUUUCAUCUCUGCAUAGAUUACGUGACACACAGUGUAAAGCGGCUAAAACAGCCUUUAUACACAUGCUUUGUACUCUUCUUCUGUCUUUUGGGCAUUUCCUCGGCAGCCUUACAGCGCCACUUACUGGCUUGGCAUAAAACAACUUAGUAUUAAAGUGACGUUUGGUAAAGUUGUCACUGAAUAAAAAACAGGAAUCAAAAAUCAAGUUUGCAGUGAAAAAAAUCGGGAUUUUAUGUUUUGCCAAAAUCGUGUAGCCCUAGUAUAUGCAUGCAAUAUAUACCCCCAAACUAAAAACAAGUCAAGGGGCCACUUUGUGCUUCACAGGGACGACACUUUUGGUCUGUCAGCUGCAGUCCAAGAAAUCAGACAUUUGGUGACAAAAUGUCAAAACCCUCAUCUGAGUUUUUCUCUUUAAAGGAGGUCAGUGCUGCAUCUGCUCCAGCGAGGUCUCAUUACCUCUGUUUUUCCUGAACAGAACUUUUCUUCAAAUUUUCUUAACUUUAAAUUGGGUCUGUGUGAAAUAAGGACACACAAAGUCCUGCACUACUUCAGAAAACCAAGACUAUCAACUAAAACUGCAAACUCAGAGCCUGAGCAGUAUUCCUGCAGCUGAUAUUUCUGUUUGUCACAGCUGUAACCUGUGACAAACAAAUUUCCUGCGCCAAAUUUCCCAUCAAAUACAAACACUAAAGGUGAUUGUGUGUGUUUUUACACGGAGGGAACAGAAUAAAUUACAGGAAAUAAAGCUGAGCAAGGGAACAACAAUGGAAAGAUAAGUGAAACUUGGUGCUCUAGGAUGUUUAUUUUUCAAUUAGUUUCACGGCUAAAGAGCUCUGAGUGCGAUGAGUCACUCGGUAGCAUAAACCCAGAAGUUAAUCUGUGAGCUUUAGCUUCCCACUACGAAGAGAUUAAGAGUAAUGAAACCAUGGCAGGGAGGUUUGAAGUGGUUUAACGUCUCCUACAGUCGAUGCAUCUUCACCUGCCUCCUCACUGGAAACUGCUGGGCGUUGAUUAAAAUCUCUAGUCUAUUUAAAGUGCUCAACCUACAGUAUUUCACGAGUGCUGCAUGGACAUCUUCCCUACUUUUCCUCUGCUCUUUUCCACCUUCUUUAAACAUUUUUUCAUACUAUUUCCCCAGUGAUUGUUUUAUUUUUACCCCUCACUAUUCCCCCGAUCCUCUCCUUCCCCUCACAUCUCCUCUCUUCUUCUCUUGUUAACUCCUAAUCCUUUCCCUCGUCCUAUUUUAUGAAUUCCCUCUAAUCUUCUCUCCCUCCUAGAGCUGCAGUUCCUGGUGGAGCAUCACCUGUACCGGCAGCAGCAGGGCGCAGGGGACGAGUGCUCCUCAGAGAGCUGCCUGUCAGACCGGCCCAGCCCCGACUCUGUUCCCGCCGGGGAGGAGCUCCCACACGACGACGAGGCCACUGCGGAGGCCUUUGAGAAACUGCGCUGCCAAAUGGAGGGUGUGUAUGGAAACUGUUUGGAGGAUUUGUACGCUUUUCAAAACUGCAGCCGCCUCAUCAGCAUGGGCAAGGUCUUUGAAAAUCCCUGGUGAAGAAAAGACAGGAGCACUUUAACACUUUGCCGACACCUACUGAGGCGGUGAAUGAAUGUUAAAUCAGGGCUUCCCACGUAUGUAUGGAGUAGACAGCUGCUGCAGAGACAGCAGCUAAAAUAAGCAUCUCAGAUGGAGGCUGAAAUAAGGGUUUUCUAAGGUACAGUGUAAGAAACGAGGCGUUUUUUUGAUCUGUAAAUCACAAAGCUAUUAAAAAGGUAUCAUAAAAGAGGUGGAGAGCUUUAAAAAACACAUAAUACCCCGAUCUUUAAGCACAAAUAAUAAAUCAAGAGUGUUCUUCCCUAUGAACCUAGGGGUGUCUGACACUCAGUUGAUGUAGUUUGUGGAGGAGAUUCAAUCUAUAAGAGGAAAACACAAAACUGUUCACUGAUAUCAGGGAAAAACAAACACUUCCCGCGUGAAUUUCACAUUCUAGCAAGAUCUGAUCUGAGUGAAAGUUUCCAAGUUGAAGAUGCAUCACCGAGCCGCCAUAUUAUUAUCAGGAGGAGAGGAACACAGCCGCGCAUUUUGUGUUUCAAUCAAAAAACGGCCAAGGUGUGUGUAUCUGUAAUUUAUAUGCUGCCAUGGAGCAAAUGUCACAGUGGUAGUCUGGAGGAAACAUAAAGAAGGGGAAAACAUUACUGUGACUCUAACCACUCCAUUAUCAUUCGGGCAGCAGAGGUGUAGUGCUGUCAGAGUGCUACAGGACUUUAAAGUGGGGACAUAAAAUAGUGUGGUGAAGUGAAACUCUUGUUCCUGUCCUUCAUAGUUUUCCCAAGUUCCAUCAAAUAGUUCCUUUUCACUGAGUGCCUCCACACAUACAUAUACAACCAAGUGGGGCUGGACUAGGGCUGCACGAUAAAUCGAUUUUAAAUCGUAAUCCGAUUAUUUUAUUAUGACGAUUUUAAAAAAUUAAAAUUGUCAAAUCAAAUUUCCUCUCUAUCAUGUCUUGCGUCUCCAGGCCACCGUAGGCUCUCCCUUCCUGCAGGAGCGCUAUCUAGUUCCCACACACACCAGUGUAAACAAACAUGGCGUAUGCAAAGGAAGGCAAUUUUUUUUUUUUGGGGGGUGGGGGGGGGCUAAAUAGGACAAGAGUAAGUCAGUCAUAUGGAAUUGGUGCAGCUUAGCAGUUUUAGAUGAAGACCAAACCACUGCCCGCUGCAAAGUCUGUCUAAAGGCAGAAUCAACCCGUCCACACGGAUAUAAAUUCAGGAAUAAACACAACAGUUUUUUGUCGUAUCGGCUUUUCAUUCACACGAGAACAACGUUUUAGGUGACUAUAAACGGUACUUUUUGAAAAUGGGUCAAAGAGUGCAUAAACCCGUAAAUGAUUACUAUAUCGUCUCCGUGUGGAAGACUAUCUGCAUCUCUGGAAACGAUCGCGUGACACACAGCAUAACUCUUUCAUGGCGGCAGCGCAUGUCCGGCCAAAACAACUUUUACGCAAUGCUCUGUACUCUUCUUCUGUCUUUUGUGCAUUUUCCUGUGCAGCAUUACAGCGCCACUUACUGGCUUGGCAUAUGCACUACAUCGUUUUCAGUGGUUUUGAGAGAUGAUAGAAAAACUUUUUAUUAGAGUGAAGUUUGGUGAAGUUGUCACUGAAUAAAAAAUUGAAAUUGAAAAUCAAGUUUUCAGAGAAAAAAAAUUGGGAUUUAUUUUUGGCCAAAAUCAUGCAGCCCUCGGCCAGACUUUUAUGUUUAGAUUUUACUUUGAUGAAAAUUUGGCUUCUGUCAAAUUACGUAAAUUAAAUAUGAAAAGUGCAGAAAGAUGUCAACAUUAGGUUUAAAGAAAUCACAAGAUUGAGCUUGUUGAAACAAAUUAAAUUAGCGUGUCUUCAUCUUCAGGUUUAAUAGAUAUUUCUAAGUGCUUGUGCUAAUAAAUCUAAAGAGAAAAAUGAACUUUAAUUAGUUGAAUAUUAUUUGAGUCACAGGUUGAACAGAGUUGAUUUAAACUGUUCUCCUUUUUCUUUUUUUAACUUCAGUCUGAAAAGACAUUUAGAGCGUCAGCUGUAAGCUGUUAGAAGUUGUAAAUUUCUUGUGCUUUUUUUAAUGCUAUGGACCAUAUGGUCUGAAAUAAAGUUUUAAAAAAAGUUCCCAAAAGCAAUGAAAAGAUUGACACAAGUGGGUUAGAGCGUGCUUAAAUGAGAGAAGAAUACUUCAAACAGCAGGGGGUCUCUGCUGUGGCAUAAAGGUGUGGCGCUAUGACAACUGGAGCUCCAAAUUAUUACCGUGAGAGCAGAGAGUAGAGUUGGGAGGAAGAGGGAUGAAAGCAAAGCAUAAAAUUAUGUAGAUAGAAUGAGAAUUGCUGGAAGGUAUACAAAAUGUAAAUUAAUUAAAGGGUUAUGAAGAAAGGGGAGAUUUAACUGAGGUGAAACAGAGGCACUGGGGAACAAUAACAUGAACAGAAUACUAAAAAGAGCAUCAAUAUAACAAUACUGAUGCCACUUUCAAAUAGGGGUGGGAAUCACUAGUGGCCCCACGAUACAAUAUUAUUAUGAUAUAUAUAAUAUAUUAUAUAUAUAUUUGAGCCACAAUACGACAUAAUUGCGAUUUUUAAGAUUUUGCAAGACAGUGAGUAUUACGACACAAUAUAUUUAGAUUUAUACAAUUUUUUUAACUGUUUAGCUAAUUUAGCAUUUGUCUUUCCUUUCUGUUUGCCUUAUUUACACAGUAUUUUAUUUUCACGUAGCACAUCUUGCAAAACUUACUAACAUACUAACUUUCUUCUGCUCUAUGAUGACACCUCUGCCAACCUCACUGGACAUGCAGUUGAUUUUAUUUUGCCAUUAUCAUAGAUUUCACUUCACUUAAAUUGUUAAUUUGAAAAAUCGAUACUUGGUUAAUGAGACGAUACGAUAUAUGAUUCGAUAUAUCACCAGUAGGGCCUGACCGAUAUGGAUUUUUUGGGGCCGAUGCUGAUACUGAUUAUUAGGGGGGGGGGAUCUGAUUACCGAUUAAUCUGCCGUUUUUAAAAAAUAAUUCUUAAGUUAUAAAAAAUAUAUUUAUAGUAGAUAUCUACAGUAUACUGUGGAUAUACUGAAGGCUACUGCUCUUCAAGCCGACAGGAAGACCGACUGAUCAGACUCUGACCAAAUAAGCGCUUUCAACGAUAAUGGCGACAAUAUAUUUUCACAGAAACACAGUUAUCUUCAAACAUACAGGAUCCUUUCAGGGUUCAUUAAGCAGACUAUCUGUUUACCUCUUUUCCAGACAGAUAUCGACUGCCCAAUCUAAAACUCUGCAAAAAGAUCCACAUUAUUUCUAGAAUAAAAUCACUCAGACGGAUUGAACCACAUUGGCAGGAAGUGUCUGUCCUGUGCCAAAAACUUCACAAAAAUCAGAGGGUCAGCUUCUCAGCUCAGGCCGGAUAAUUCGCUUUAAUGGCAGCAGAGUAGAUGAGAGUACGGUCCACACUGUACACACACACAUAGAGUAAUUGUCCAGUACUAAUGCACCACAAGAGCUGCUUUCGUGAAGAGCAAAAUUGUCAGUGUUAUCUAUUUUUACCUUUUUUUUUCCAGCAGGACACACUCUCCAGUUGUUUGGAGGGUUAAAACAUCGAACGAUAUGAUUGGACGGCCACGCUUUAAUGGAUUUCUCACAUGUUCAAAAGAAACCGCAAAUUAACAUCUCAGCUUAGAUAAAAGGAGCAGAAGAGGAAGCUGGGAAAACAAAUCAAUGAUCAUUAACUCCAGUCUCACAGCGGAUGGGUUAACUUCACAAGAUCAGCCUUUCAAAUGUACUCAGCGGGACUCAAUAGCGUGUGACUGGAGAUGUCAGGCUGCAUUGAUUCGCAUUGUGGAGUGAGAUGAAACGUUAUUCAGUGGUAGUGCAACGGAUCACAGCUGAUCCAAGUUUCUGUACGGAUCAACACUCUGAUCACUUCACUGUGAUGUCGACAAUGGCGUGGUAGGGACCCUGAAUUGGCUCUGGUCCCCAAUGUACAGAUAGAGCUGUCCCUAUCUAUGCUGUCUAAGCUUUAGCACAGUGGCGAUUGCUCUAAGACUGCAAGGGAGUCUUCUUGAAGAAUAAAACAUCUACCAGAGCAUUUUCCAAGUUAUGCAUUCCGUUGUUCUUAACUGCUCCGGAGACUUUACCGAUCCUCAGCGACUUUUGUCUUUGUUAAAAACGACUGCGGUUGUGUUUGGCGACUCUGUUCUGUUACAUACAAAUAAACAAACACAAUUAUGAUGUAGGCCAGAAAAAUGAGCUUCCCCUCCUUGAAAGACCAGCAGCCGCCACUGCUUUAGCACAACAACCUGUGAUUAUCCAGGGGUGUAAUACUUUGACUUAUCACCAUGAUGCUCUACUACCUGGAUCUGAACGAGCACAGACAACUGAUGGCAUUUUGUAAUGAGGCAUGGUUUUGCAGUACUUUAAAUGAGAAGCUGGAGGUAACAUUGUGGAAAAUCUAGAAGCUUUUUCAGUGGAAAUGAAGGUCUUGGUUAUUAUUUUACUGCUUGGAUCAAUUAUUGCAAAAGUACGGAGCCCAGUAGGUGACAAUAACUUUUUUUUUUUUAAUUUAGUAUCUCUCACGUGUGUUUUAUUAUAUCGCAGGUGCAAUUUAACUGUUUGUUUAUAAAAAAAAAAAAAAUCACUUCCUGCAAGUCCAAAUAUGGUCAACGGCAAAGUCGCUGUGCUCUACGGAUCCUGAUGAGAUGUCUUGUACUCAAAACAAUACCAAAUGUGGCUAAGCUAAAAAGCGUCUCUUUAUGAGUCAUACCUAAAUGAAAGAAAAUGUUGAUAAUAUGCUCUCUGUCCAUGACACUGUCCUUUUUCUCUCACAAAUGAGGCGCGUGGAGGAUUAUUUACAAAAACGCAUGCGCAAGGCACGGAUAAAACACGAGAUCUGUAUAAAACGCAUGUUUGGGAUGCUUAAUCGCACAAGUGAUAUAAUAAAACAAAGGUGUGAGAUACGAAAUCGCACAUGUGAAUAAAAAAAAGUGAAUGUCACCUCCUGGGCUCAGUACAAAAGUUACAAUGUGCAGCGAAUAAAAUUCAGCAUUAUAAGGACAUAUACAGAAGCUUUAAGAAUAGAUGUAUAGUUAAAACAAAGUCAUGCUUGCUGGUUAGAUUUUUGUCUAAAUAUACAACAGUUCAGUCACUUUAGGCCUUCUUAAACUGUUUUUGAAUUGCUCUAGUGUUUAGAGAUUAUUUGUGGCUACUUGUGAAACACAUUACACGUCUACUGUGAGAAACAUGGACGAAACUGUCCAAUAAAACCACUGAUCUCCUGAGACAGCUCUUUGUCUUGUCCAUUAAAUUUACUGAGUGAAAACUGGAUGAGUUAACAGAAUGGAUAACCGUUUUUAAUGGACCGGUGGGUUUAAUUGUAAAAUCAGUGAGAUAUGCCAAAUAAUUGGAGUGAAAGCUGUCUUCAGCUGAUUGUAAAACCGAAUCACUGGAAUCUGAACUCUUAUUUUCCCCUUCUGUUUGGUGGAAAAUGAUUUGUUUUCUCCUCUGUCUGGUGUGAUAUCUCUGUCACCUCUCUAACCCUCAUCUCUUCUCUUUUCCUCUGCAGAGUUCUCCAGGGAGAGCCUAUUAGAGGCUGCAGGUGGGCUCGAGUGCCCCCUCUCCAACGAGAAAGCGGGUUGCUCCAGUGAUGCCAGCGUAGCAGAUCCCUCAACGCAACAAAACAACGCACAAGCAGGUACGAGGGAGUGAAAAGCACCUCGGUUAUAACAGGAUUCCUCUCCUCUCAGGGGACUCUUUGCCAUCUGCUCACUGGGAAGGGUUUAUUUAGAUAUGUUAAACAGUCAGUAGGGCUGGAUUGGUGUCAUGUAAUCAUGGCUUGUCAACAGACAUCUGUGAAGUGACUUUGAUCCACACUUUACACAGCACCGCCUGAGAGGCUGCUGCUGUGAGGAGAUACAUUUGUAAAAGGGUUGAGGGCAGUCGAAAUUGAGUAAACUUAUAUUAUCAUUAUUAUUAUUGAACAAGCCUAAACACUAGAUCAAUGAUGCUGCAGAGAUAUUUCUGAGUGCGGCUAACAUUAGCAGAGCUAGCUCCACCAGCCCGUCAGGAUAGCAAUAUAAAAUAUUAGAUCACCUGCAGUAUUUUCAAAUACUGGGGGAGACUCCACUAGUAGUAAAAAGUGGAAAAUGAAUCUACUUCUAUCCUAAUUUAUUACAUUUUUUUUAAACCAACAAUUUUAAUAGUCAACUUGUCACCCACUAUUGAAACGAUUAGUCAACUAAUCGGACACGCAAGAUCUGCUUUGAAAACCUUGCAAGUAGGGCUGGGCGAUAUGCCGAUAUCAGCCGAUAUCGAUAUAUCACACGAUAUAAAAAAUGAAAUUUCGGCUGCACAGGCACCAUGCGCUCCUCGCUCCGCCCUGGGUUUGUAACCUUUUGUAUUGCGCGUGCUCUGCUGUGUGGUACGGCUUCCGGUGCUGAAAAAGAUUUGAGCUAUUCCCCAACUUUCGAGAACAUGUACCCAACAUAAUUUACAGUGCACCAUGUCUGACCUCAUGCCACCGACGUUUUCGUGCCAGUGUUGUCGACGAUGUCAUCAUUUGUUGAGCGCGUACUCGUAGCUGCUAGCUGCUGUAUGGGACGCUGGCGCCGCCAUGUUUGAACACCCUACCACUUGGCCGAAACACUUUUGCGCAUGUGUGACUGUAGGCAGAGAUAGUAAUGAAGUAAGAUGCCCCACUCCACUGGAAAAAAAAACAUGUCUUGUGACAAUGGUCGACAAUGGAAUUCAUUGUCAAUAUUUUUCAUAAUCAUUUUUUAUCGACAAGAUCAACUAAUCGUUGCAGCCCUAAGUGUAUUUAGUAAAGUGUGUUUCAGUGUAAUGUAAGGUAAUGCAGGUAAUCCUUUGAGCCACGUACGACUAACAAGCACCAAUCAUGAUGGCCUGUCAAUCAAAAUAGAGAUUUUUCUACUUGUAUUAAGUCCGUUGACCAAAAAAGGCUUCCUCUAGUUAAAAAUAAAACAAGAUAUCGCUCGCAAAAUGUGAUUUGAUAUUAAGUCGAUGAAAAGCAGUGAAAAUGUUGAAAGUUCAUAGGAGAAGAUGGAUAAAAUGUCAAGAAAUGUUAAUAUACUGUUCAGCUGCCACAGACCUUCAACAAGUCUUUUAUGUCUCUGUCUAUAUCUUACAGACAAAAAAGCAGCAGCAUCUAGUGCAGGUCAGCCGGCAGAGGAGAAGACAAAGAAAAGUCUGGAGAAAGAGAAAUAGAGCUGUCUUCUGUUCGACACAAUGCUGCUCAUUCUGCUCAGCCAGCCCAACACAAUGACAGAAGAUUGUGUGUGCAGACCCUCUUUCUACAGACAUCAGGGCAUCUACGUUCCUCUACAGGCAGGCCUUAGUUUCCACCCAAGAACAAAGGUUUCUACUUUUAUUUCAUUUAAAAAUAAAAAUAAAACACUAUCAUUAUUUCAGCAUUGUAUAUUUGUUUUCUAUAUCAACCCCAACACUGGAGUAAAACUGGUUUACGGUACGAUCCAGACUGGAAGAUACACAGUCCCACAAAACACCACACGUUGUCAUCAGCUACCAAAAUUGACAUCCGUAACAGCCCCGGAAAUUGCAACAAAUUUGAGAUGUUCAAUCUUUGUUUUUCCAUCAACUUUGUGCCAUGACUUCUGCAACUUGUUCCAUCUCAAAGCAAUAAAAGUGUUUUUGUACCUCACAGAAAACUGGGACAGAAAAACCAUCGCUUUUCAACUCAAAUCCCACUUUCAGUCUUACUGAGUCAGAUAUUGCAGCUGAAACAAAUCGGAGAUGAUGACAGCCCAAACACAUAUUUACACAUUCACACCACAUAAACAGCUGCUAAUCCACCUGAAAAUAAACUGUAUUUGUUUUUAUUUUGCUUUGCCUUUAGCAAAUUCAAUGAUAAGUCAUUUUUUUUGCUUAAAUCAAUCAUACAUUUUUCAACUGAUCAAUUAUUUUUGGGAUAAGGUGGAGUAAAUGACUAUUUUCAGCAGUUUAAAGGAGUGAAAAUGCUGUUUACCAUGCUGUUAACAACAAAUAUUUCUAAAUGCAAUAUAGCUUUGAACUGAUGGCUCAAAAUUUAACCCAAGAGGAUUUGUAAGAAAUGUAAAGGCUAAAGAAGUAAUUUUAAAGAUUUCUUGCAGCCAUCGUUUACUUAACUUACCACCUAUUGCAGAUUUAACACAUACGAUUGUAGAGUAGCCCAUGAACUACUGAUAAAAACCUUCGUGAUUCAGACCAAAGAUGAUUUAAGUUCAAAACAGGCAAUGAACCAUAUAUGAAAAAAAAAAACAAUAACAACAAAUCAAGUGCUCAAGUCAAGACAUAUGGUUAGAAAAGGCUCCAAAACUCAUCUGAUAUCCCUGCAUGAGUCACAGAGACAACUGCAUAUUUUUUCUUUAUUUACUGAAUUUUCUGUUGAUUUAGGGUUGGAAAAAAACAUUAUUUGCUGCCCAAGAGCAAAGCCUACAUAUCACAUUAUAAAUCAACUGGCACUGAUUGUCUCUCUCUUUUAUUUUUUGUUUUUAAGAAAAAAAAAUGUACAAAUCAAAAAAGGAGAAAUGAAUAUUUUAAGGUUUUAAGUUUCUCCUUUAUCACUGCAUUAAUUACAAAUCUGUCUAAAUUAGGAGAGAAGAUUAAGAGAGUGUCCACUAAGGGCAGAAUUGUCGCAAUUUAAUCAGAUGGACAGUUUGUUUUGGUCUUUAUUAUUAUUAUUAUUAUUAUUAUUAUCACUGUUGUUAUUAUUAUUAUUAUUUGGGUAAUGCAAACGGUGAAGAAUAUGAUAGAAGAAUAUCACCACUCUUAUGUAACGCUAACUGCCAACCUGUAAUUAUUCUGCAAAUUAAAUCAUUGUUUGAAGCUGCAAAAAAAUCAAUCUUAAACUAUUUGUGUACAGAGGAGGAUUAGGGCCACAAAAAGGAAAGAAAGAAAGAAAGAAAAAGUCUUUUUUUUCCUCAGAAUUCUGAGAUUAAAGUCAAAAUUCUGACUUUUUUUCUCAGAAUUAUGAUUUUAAAAAAUUGACCUUUUUUUCUUGUGGUCCUAAAAAGCUUACUGAAAAAAACAGCUAAAAAGGCACCAUGUGUUACUUAGCACCUGAGCUUGUUGAACAAGCUAGCUACCAAUCAAACAUUUACAAAGCUAGGUGAAGCUAACCUUAGCCCCCCAGAAUUAUGAUUAAAAAAAUUGUAAUAUAUGACCUUUUCUUUUUCUUUUCUUUUUUUCUUGUGGCGCUAAUUCUCUUCUGUAAUUUGUGCUAAAAUGAAUAAAUAUUUGGUCUAGAGGCCUGACUUACAGUAUAAAAGGGACCAUUGGUUACUUAGCACCUUAGCUUUUUGAACAAGCUAGCUACCAAACAAACAUUCACAAAGCCAGGUGAAGCUAACCUUAGCUUGUGGGCAAGACAGCUGAACAGUUCCUCAGGUUUAGCACAUUAAAUAUCAAAGAUUUACCUUCAGGAGUCCCUCUGCUCCAGUGAGACAAGAAUUAGUCCUUUUUCUUCAAUACUCUUAACAGAACCCAACUUAUCCAUGACAUGCAAACCACAACUGAAGAUUUAGCUUGUCCUUAGUCACUUUGGCAGCUGUCAAUCAUACUGAUAGACCCGCCCCCAGUUGCAGAAAACUAAAAGGGAGCAUUAAUGACAUUUCCAAAGACUUUUUCCCCCUUUAAUGAUUAGUCUGAAAACAAGCAUUGCUACCAUUUUUAUAUUAUUUGGGUUCGAUCCCUGAGACAAUGGCCUCUCAGUUGGCCUUAUGGGAAGUUGUUGUGAACAGUUAAAGCUUGGGUUUGUUGUUGUUGUUUUGUUCAUUUACUAGUUUUAUGGUGUUUGCCAGCUUAGGGUGUUUGGUGCCACGUCUGGAGCCUGAUUGGUAAAUAAGUACAGCACUGUGAGUUAUAGCUUCAUUUCCAGAGGUAAAGAUCUGACUCUUGUAUCUUUAAUUGUUACUACAAAUGCUUGUUGAGCUCCUCCCUGCAUUUAAAUGUCCCAUUAAAACUCAGCUCCGCCACAAUACUAACAUUAUGGAAUACAGUAUAAAUACCACCAGAGUGAUAUCAUGGCUUCUUCUUAUAGUACAAACAGAGAUUUAUGAGACAACUGUGUGUUUGUACCUCUCCACUUAAGAAGUUGGGUAAAUUAAGUUAUUUUUCUGCAUAUGUUUUAUUUGACGCCCUUUUGCUCUGACCAAAAUGCACCCAAAUAGGCUGACAUCUGACUAUUAUUGGGCUCGUGCAUGGCACUUAAUGUACAGUGACUUUUUAUUUAAACCUGUGUUCUUUAUUGUGCUUUAUUUUUGCAGGAUUAAAAUAAAACAUUUGAAUUACCAGAAAAUUUCUUCUAAUACGGACAUUCCCUUUAAAUGUGAAUGUUUUGUAUGAAACAAGGACAUUGCAUUGCAUUGAACUGCAUCACUCCAUACUUGUCACUCCAUCUAUUUAUUUUGUUAAUGAAGCAAAAUUAUAUUGUACAUUUUGUGACAAUCUAUAACCUCCAAAUUAUACGUGUUAAGGUCUGGCAUAAGGAAAACAAAUUAAAGCCACCCCGUAUUGAUGUCACUUAACCAGAUUAUCUAGCAGCUGCCAACAAAGACACAUAUAUGUUCACAUGAAAAAAGAAAGACGGUAAAACAUUCCUGUACAAGUUUAUUUUCUUCUGCGGUGUAUUUAUGGACCAUGUAAAGUUUGUUCUGUUUUUGACGGUUAAUAUUGUUCUUUGAAUGAAUUAAAUCUGGGGAGUUUUGUUCCAAUUUUACUUGAAUUGAUUGAUGAUUACAUCUGUAAUCUAAAUUUGUUUGAUACAAUAAAACAUUUAAAUUGG